AUCAUGAAAUUAAGUCUGUUCUCUUCCAAGAUGAUACCAUCUAUUGAAUGUCCACCUUCCGAUAUCUGUGUUUAAACUCACCUGUUUGCAGUGAAGCAGGGGUUCUUAGACACAGCUAGUGGGAGUGUAAGUAGGUACAAAUGUUCUAGAGGACAGCUUGAUCCUGCAAAGUCAGCUCUGGAAAUUUAUCCUAAUGAAAUAAUUAAGGAUGCUCAUGAAGAGUGCAGUCCUGAUUGUAAUAAAAGAAAAGCUGGGGAUAGAUGAAAUGUCUAAUAGUACGAGACUGGUUGUAACUUCUGAUAUACUGAACAAGGGGAUGUAAAGCAGAUGAUAAAUGAUAGUGGGAUUCACAAUAUAUCCAAUGCAAAAAGAAAAAAAAAGGCUUGACCCUUUUUUGUAGAUACUUGUAUUUACAUGUGAAUGCACAUGCAUGGGAAGGGACGUGGGAGGGUCCACACGAAGGUAUUGACCAGAAGCCCUUUGUGGGCAGGAAGCCUGCAUGUUGUUUAUAUCCUCCUGUCCUAUUGGUGCCCUAUCAGUGAUCUCUGAUUUUUUUCGAGUAUGAAUUUUUAUUUUAAGAAAAGAAUAGAAUCUUCACUAAGUAAUGCAUGUCAGAGUCAAAAUAUACAUAUUUAAAUAAUUUCGUGUUGUUUUCCAACUCAAAGAAAAAGUAGGAAAUGGAUAAUGCAAGCCAGAUCUCAUGUUUUGUUAAUUUAUACUUUAUUUGUAAGGAACGCCAAUAGCCCAUAGAGUGUGAUCAUUACAGCACUAUGAUGAAAAUAGACGCCAGCUCAUCUAUUCGGGAGAUGAGUUGUGGCUCUGUGGUUAUUAGAUACUGCUUUCACUUAGCUUUAGCACGGAGGGGCUUGGAGGAGAGGGCUUCUGAUGUCUUGUGGUUCUCAUGGCUUGUAGACACUGGACCCACCCACCCACUUUCUUGUACUGAAAGAAUAACCAUCGGGUAUGGUUAACUUCUCCGUGAUUUGAUACAUUAGGACGUGUAAAGAAGUUGAUAGUUAAUAUCAUUGCUUAUUUCUCACUGGGUGAAAACUUUUGAUAUGUUAUUACAAACAGAUACAAGUUCUCUAAAGCCAUUUUGUAGGCCCUAGAAUUGUAUUCUCUUUACUAUAUUUAUAGUUUCAUUGUUCUUAAAAUAAAGGAGGAUUUCUGCACACUAAAGCUUACGAAGAGAUUUUAGUAAGGAACAUAUUUGAGAUGCACAAUGAGAAAAGCAUCAUGCUUUUUUGAAAAAUAAUAAUAAACCAUUGUUCGUGUAGGACUUCCACAUCACAUACUCCUCAAGCAACCUGCUAAUGUGAGUAUGAGUACCCCCAUUUUAAAGAUGAGAAAAGAGAGGAUCAAGGUCAGAGAAGUAAAUGGCUUGUCCCAGACCAAAGAACAAGUAAAUGGGAGAGCCUGGACUUUAAACCCUGGUCUCCUGACUCGAAGUACUGAGUUUCUUCCCCUGUGUUGGUAAAACUCGGAAUAGGGUCUGUAGUACUGUUAACAUCAAGUCUAAGGGGAGUGAAGGGCACAGGGAUUGUCCUUUUGGUAUUGCAUGGAGUUGUUGGUUUUUCUUUAUUUGCUGAACCAAGCAGUCUGGUGCUGGUGGUAGUGAAGACCCAGAACAUGCUGGGCGGCUUUGGGACCCCUGCCAGCCUAACCCUCUCCUCUCUGCCCACAGUGUGCCCGAGUGCGUGUGGAAAGCGAGCGUGCACCGAGAACAACGAGUGCUGCCAUGCCGAGUGCCUGGGCAGCUGCAGCGCGCCCGACAAUGCCACGGCCUGCGUCGCCUGCCGCCACUACUACUACGCGGGCGUCUGUGUGCCCACCUGCCCACCCAACACCUACAAAUUUGAGGGCUGGCGCUGCGUGGACCGGGACUUCUGCGCCAACAUCCCCAACGCUGAGAGCAAUGACUCCGAGGGCUUCGUCAUCCACGACGGCGAGUGCAUGCAGGAGUGCCCCUCGGGGUUCAUCCGCAACGGGAGCCAGAGCAUGUACUGCAUCCCUUGCGAAGGUCCUUGCCCCAAAGUCUGUGAGGAAGAGAAGAAAACAAAGACCAUUGAUUCUGUGACUUCUGCGCAAAUGCUUCAAGGAUGCACCAUCUUCAAGGGCAACUUGCUCAUUAAUAUUCGACGAGGCAAUAACAUUGCCUCGGAGCUGGAGAACUUCAUGGGGCUUAUCGAGGUUGUGACGGGCUACGUGAAGAUCCGCCAUUCCCAUGCCUUGGUCUCCUUGUCCUUCCUGAAAAAUCUUCGCCAGAUUUUAGGAGAGGAGCAGCUAGAAGGGAAUUACUCCUUCUACGUCCUUGACAACCAGAACCUGCAGCAGCUGUGGGACUGGGACCACCGCAACCUGACAAUCAAAGCGGGGAAGAUGUACUUUGCUUUUAAUCCCAAAUUGUGCGUUUCUGAAAUUUACCGCAUGGAGGAAGUGACGGGGACUAAAGGGCGCCAGAGCAAAGGGGACAUAAACACGAGGAACAAUGGAGAAAGAGCCUCUUGUGAAAGUGAUGUGCUGCAUUUUACCUCCACCACCACGUGGAAGAAUCGGAUUAUUAUCACCUGGCACCGCUACCGGCCCCCUGACUACAGGGAUCUCAUCAGCUUCACCGUGUACUACAAGGAAGCCCCCUUUAAAAACGUGACGGAGUACGAUGGGCAGGACGCCUGUGGCUCCAACAGCUGGAACAUGGUAGACGUGGACCUCCCUACCAACAAGGACAUCGAGCCAGGCAUUUUACUGCAUGGACUGAAGCCCUGGACUCAGUACGCCGUUUACGUCAAGGCAGUGACUCUCACCAUGGUGGAAAAUGACCACAUCCGUGGGGCCAAGAGUGAAAUCUUAUACAUUCGCACCAAUGCGUCAGUUCCUUCAAUUCCCCUGGAUGUUCUUUCAGCAUCAAACUCCUCUUCUCAGCUGAUUGUGAAGUGGAACCCGCCCUCCCUGCCAAAUGGUAACCUGAGCUACUACAUCGUGAGGUGGCAGCGGCAGCCCCAGGACAGUUACCUUUACCGGCACAAUUACUGCUCCAAAGACAAAAUCCCCAUCAGGAAGUAUGCCGACGGCACCAUUGAUGUUGAGGAGGUGACGGAGAAUCCCAAGACCGAGGUGUGUGGUGGAGAGAAAGGGCCUUGCUGUGCCUGCCCCAAAACUGAGGCCGAGAAGCAGGCCGAGAAGGAGGAGGCCGAGUACCGGAAAGUCUUCGAGAAUUUCCUGCACAAUUCCAUCUUCGUGCCCAGACCUGAGAGGAAGCGGAGGGAUGUCACGCAAGUUGCCAACACCACCACGUCCAGCCGGAGCAGGAACACCACGAUGGCAGAUACCUACAACGUCACAGACCCAGAAGAGCUGGAGACAGAGUUCCCCUUCUUUGAGAGCAGAGUGGAUAACAAGGAGAGAACCGUCAUUUCAAACCUGCGGCCUUUCACUUUGUACCGCAUCGAUAUUCACAGCUGCAAUCAUGAGGCUGAGAAGCUGGGCUGCAGCGCCUCCAACUUCGUCUUUGCAAGGACCAUGCCAGCAGAAGGAGCAGAUGACAUUCCUGGGCCAGUGACCUGGGAGUCAAGGCCUGAAAACUCCAUCUUUCUAAAGUGGCCAGAACCUGAGAAUCCCAAUGGAUUGAUACUAAUGUAUGAAAUAAAAUAUGGAUCACAAGUCGAGGAUCAGCGGGAGUGUGUUUCCAGACAGGAGUACCGGAAGUAUGGAGGGGCCAAGCUUAACCGGCUAAACCCAGGGAACUACACGGCCCGGAUUCAGGCCACUUCCCUUUCUGGGAAUGGGUCGUGGACAGAACCUGUGUUCUUCUAUGUCCCAACCAAAGUAAGACCGUAUGAAAACUUCAUCCAUCUGAUCAUUUCCGUGCCUGUGGCUGCCUUGUUGAUAGUGGGAGGGCUAGUUAUAAUGCUGUACGUCUUCCACAGGAAGAGAAAUAACAGCAGGCUGGGGAAUGGAGUGCUGUAUGCCUCUGUGAACCCAGAGUACUUCAGCGCAGCCGACGUGUACGUUCCAGAUGAGUGGGAGGUAGCACGAGAGAAGAUCACCAUGAGCCGAGAGCUUGGGCAGGGGUCAUUUGGAAUGGUGUAUGAAGGAGUUGCCAAGGGUGUGGUUAAAGAUGAGCCCGAAACCCGGGUGGCCAUUAAAACGGUGAACGAGGCUGCGAGCAUGCGGGAAAGGAUUGAAUUUCUCAACGAGGCUUCAGUGAUGAAGGAGUUCAAUUGUCACCAUGUGGUGCGAUUGUUGGGCGUGGUGUCCCAGGGCCAGCCCACGCUGGUCAUCAUGGAACUGAUGACACGGGGGGAUCUCAAAAGUUACCUCAGGUCUCUGAGGCCAGAAAUAGAGAAUAAUCCAGUCCUAGCACCUCCAAGCCUAAGCAAGAUGAUUCAGAUGGCAGGCGAGAUUGCAGACGGCAUGGCAUACCUCAACGCCAACAAGUUCGUUCACAGAGACCUUGCUGCCCGGAACUGCAUGGUGGCUGAAGACUUCACAGUCAAAAUUGGAGAUUUUGGCAUGACGAGAGAUAUCUAUGAGACAGACUAUUACCGCAAAGGAGGGAAAGGGCUGCUGCCUGUGCGCUGGAUGUCUCCCGAGUCACUCAAGGAUGGAGUCUUCACCACUCAUUCUGACGUCUGGUCCUUUGGGGUCGUCCUCUGGGAGAUCGCCACACUGGCCGAGCAGCCAUACCAGGGCUUAUCCAACGAGCAAGUCCUUCGCUUUGUCAUGGAGGGCGGCCUUCUGGACAAGCCGGACAACUGUCCAGACAUGCUGUUUGAGCUGAUGCGCAUGUGCUGGCAGUACAACCCCAAAAUGAGGCCUUCCUUCCUGGAGAUCAUCAGCAGCAUCAAGGACGAGAUGGAGCCCGGCUUUCGGGAGGUCUCCUUCUACUACAGCGAGGAGAACAAGCCCCCCGAACCGGAGGAGCUGGACCUGGAGCCGGAGAAUAUGGAGAGUGUCCCCCUGGACCCCUCUGCCUCCUCGUCCUCCCUGCCGCUGCCCGACAGACACUCAGGACACAAGGCUGAGAAUGGCCCGGGCCCUGGUGUGUUGGUUCUCCGAGCCAGCUUUGAUGAGAGACAGCCUUACGCGCACAUGAAUGGGGGACGCAAGAACGAGAGGGCCUUGCCUCUGCCCCAGUCUUCAACCUGCUGAUCCUUGGAUCCCGAAACCCGUGCAAACCGUAAUAUGUGUGCGCACUCAGUGGCGGGGUGGGGGGAGGAAGAGAGAACAUUUUAACAAUAUAUUCAAAAGCCUCCUGUACCUCAGUGGAUCUUCAGAGCUGCCAUUGCUGCCCACGGGAGACGGCUUCUCUUCAGUAAACACAUUUGGGAUGUUCCUUUUUUCAAUAUGCAAGCAGCUUUUUAUUUUCCUAACCAAACCCUCCAACUGACAUGGGCCUUUAAAAACCUUAAUGACAACACGUAAUAGCAACAGAGCACUUGAGAACCCAUCCUCCUCGCUCUUUCCCUGUCUCUUUUCCUUAUGUCUCUCUGACGUAUUUCUCUUUCUCUGCUUCAUAGUGGAAACGUUUGCCACAAGUCCAGCCAUGACACCCUUUUUACCAGAAUGAGAAAAUGGCUGUCCAGGUGGUUCCACAGUGUCCCUAUCAGCACCUGCCCCACACUGUAGGUCUUAAUCAAAACCAGUUGGGACUAAAUUUUUUAACUGUAUCUUUAACCUUUUGAGGGACAUACAAAAUUUAAAAAGGGCCAUAAAUCAUCCAAGUUUGUUACCAUUUUAAUGCUGCCAAAUUUUGCCAAAAUCUGGAACUUUCCCCCUCACAACCCCUGCAUUUAAUUUCUUAUUUCCAGAGGCAUGGAGAGAGCAUGGUAUUUAGUUAACUCCAUUUAAGAGAAAUGUUGGUGAUGCCCUCCAUCUGAUCAUUCACUGGCAUUGUUUUAAGUCUCAUGUUCACGGUGAUUUACCUGCUUUUGGCUAGCUUAGUAUUUGGGGGAACUGGACAAAAAUGGGACUUUCUCUCAGUGGAGAUGGGGAGAAGCUGAACUGGCUUCCCUGCCCCACUUCCCCCACCCCUGCCCUCUAGCCCCCAAGAAUUCUGGAGAAAACAGGCCCUGUCAAGAGCCUGAGACACAAGCUUUGAGCAAAGGUCGUCCUCAUGGCAGUGUCCCCGCCCCACCCUGCCCCCUCCCGGCCCCAGGGACACAGGUGGGAAGGGGUUUCUGGGGACUCAGCCCAGCCGUUUAUGCAGGUUUGCAAGGAGAGAAAUUCAAACAGCACCACAACAAUACGAAGAAAAGCAGUAAAUGGAUUCAAGCAUUCUAAGCUUUGUUGACAUUUUCUCUGUUACUAGGACUUCUUCAUGGGUCUUACAGUUCUAUGUUAGACCAUGAAACAUUUGCAUACACAUCGUCUUUAAUGUCACUUUUAUAACUUUUUUACAGUUCAGAUAUUCAUCUAUACGUCUGUACAGAAAAAAAAAAAAGCUGCUAUUUUUUUUGUUCUUUAUCUUUGUGGAUUUAAUCUAUGAAAACCUUCAGGUCUACCCUCCUUCCCUUUCUGCUCACUCCAAGAAACUUCUUAUGCUUUGUACUAGAGCGUGUGACUUUCUUCCUCUUUUCCCAGUAAUUGAUACUUCUAUAACAUAAUUUGCCAUGAACUGUUUGAUGCCUUUUUAUAAACACAUCCUCCUCUCCCCAGCCGCCCCCCCACCCCAUUAGUUGUUUUCUAACCCGUAGGCUCUGUGGGUACGAGGUUGGUGAGGGAAAAGGGUUGGGGGAAGACUGGAGCCUGUCCCUCCUGGGAGCACCUGGCCUGGCUGGCUGAGCCCCCCUCUUUCCUUAGCCUGCUCUCACACAGCAUUCGAGUCUGUUACAGUACAAGACAUGAUACAAACUCAGGUCAGGAAAAAAAAAAAGGUUGUCUUUUGCACAUCCUUGUUCAGUGUUUCUAUCCACCAUUGUUGAGAAGUCUCACCUUCGCUUUCCCUUGCCUUUGUUUCGGUUGUGACACACAUAUAUAUAUUUUUUUAAUUCUUGGGUACAACAGCAGUUUUAACUGCAGACACUAGGCAUUUAGGUUACUAUUUUUUUAAGUGGGUAUUUAAUCCUUCCAUCCCGUGAGAAACAGCUGCUGAGUCCAAGGGUGUAGCUGAGUGUGGUCCAGCAGGCCCCCUGUGGCUUUGUCCCCACCCUCACCAAACCGACCUACCUGUC